GAUGUCUACCUUACAAAUAUUCUUUUUAAUUUUACUCAAUUUUUCGACAAUUUUUAUAUUUAAAAUUCCAACAGCUUCAUCAACCUCUACACAAGAUUUAGAUAUUAAUUUGGAAAGGAUUAAAAGAGAAAUUAAAGAAAAUACAAGCAAAAAUACAACAAAUAGUGAAGAGAAAGAAAAUGGUAGAAAAAGAAAACUUUUUAUAAUAUACCCUCUAUUAGGGUUGGGGGCCCGGUCCGGUCUGAAAGAUUGAGUCG